UUUCACCAGCAGGUGCAUAUACAUAGUAUAUAAGUACAUACAUUAUAUGUUUCCAAAAUUAUAUUGCAAUUUGCCCCAAAAAGCAUUUACUAAAAUGCAAUGUAGUAUGACAUUUUAUAAAAAAAAACAUUGAUUUUUGUAUGCAUAGAUAUGUAUGUAGUCAUUAUAUGGUUUUACUAACUCAUGUGCCAAGUAGUAGAAAUUAUUUAUGGUAACGUUUAGGCAGAGAUAAAGUUUAGGCACAAUUUCGUACAAUGUCAUUUAUUAGCAGCAUAGCUUUACGUAUGAGUAGACGUAAAAACUCUCUGGUCAAACUUACAAAAUUUAAUAAACAAGAAAAAUGCAUUGUAUAAUUUGAUUGUAGGAAGAUUUGGAGAAAAAGUAACGUGCAACAUGAGCAGUAAAAGUGUACAUUCCGCAGCAAUAACAGAAGUACAUAUGAUACCCAUCAGUGUCAUACAUAGACCAAUUCCUUCGGUAUUAGACGAAGAAAAGGUUCAAUCCCUUAUGAAUACUAUAAAGAAUGAAGUAACAGAAGACGAUGUCCCACCAAUAGAUGUGCUUUGGAUUAAGGGUACUGAGGGUGGUGAUUAUUUUUACAGCUUUGGGGGCUGUCAUCGGUACGAAGCCUACAAGCGGUUGAAACGUGAAACUAUAAAGGCUAAAUUGGUUCAAUCAACAUUGCAAGACUUAUAUCACUAUAUGGGUUCCAGCACUCCCAAAGAUCUUAAAUGAUUCCCACAACAGUCGGGUCUACGUAACCGGACCGGACCCGGAUAUUUAUCCAGCCAAGGACUGGCAACUCGGCAUAAUUCUGCCGCUACAACAUCUUAAAUGAAUUUAGAUUAAUCACUUUUGUAAAUUUGUAAAUAUUAAUAUUUUUUGUUGUAAUAAUGCUGUACUAAAUUUGUAAAUACUAAUAAUCGAUUUGUAUUUUAAAGUGUAUAAAUUUCCUCGUAUUGUAUUUGUAUGUUUACAUUCCUAUAAACAGUGCUAUUUUUUA